GUGCUGCACAUGACUCUCCAAUGGGCCGUUGUGAUGUUGAGAAGAGGUGCGUAACCCUGUGAGGAUAGGUUGUACAACGGGGUUACGCGCACCGACACAUUUCUCUCUCUCUCUCUCUCUCUCCCCUGUUCUUCACCAUGGCAUUAGGGAAUAGAGAGAGCGAGAUAAUCAUAACAUAGGCAGAUAGACAGCAACAGAUAAGAAGCGGGGAUUCGAGAUAGGAACAAAUAGAAUAAAGAGAGAGUUGGUGAGUGAGUGAGAACGAGAGAGGGAGAGAAAUAGGUUGAAUAGACUGGAAUAUGGUGUCAAAAUCCAUUAGAAGAACUCUCUUGGUUCUCUGAGAGAGAGACGGGGAGGGGAGAGAACACACACACUCUCUGACACGCACACGCACCGCCCGGAGUCGGAAAAUGGAGGGCAUGGCAUAUGGAGCUGGGAAGGCUGGAGGUGCUUUCAACCCUAUAACGUUCUUCCAGCAGCCACACACCAUCCUCCGGAUCCUCUCUUGGUUCUUCUCCAUUGUGAUCUUUGGUUCUAUAGCCAACGAGGGUUACGUGAACCGACCAAAUGAGGCCCAGGAGUUCUGUAUCUUCAACAGGAACCAGAAUGCGUGUAACUAUGGACUGUUCAUGGGAAUCCUGGCCUUUCUCUGCUGUCUGGCCUUCCUGGCCCUGGAUGUCUACUUCCCACAGAUCAGCUCCGUCAAGGACCGCAAGAAGGCUGUACUGGCAGACGUAGGGGUUUCAGUGUUCUGGUCCUUCAUGUGGUUUGUGGGGUUCUGUUUCCUGGCCAACCAAUGGCAGGUGGCGAAGCAGGAGGACAACCCCCUGAGGGAGGGAGGGGAUGCCGCUCGCGCUGCUAUCACCUUCGCCUUCUUCUCCAUAUUCACCUGGGGUGGGCUGGCUCUCUUCUCUAUGGAGAGGCUUAAGAGUCUGUCCUUUGAAGAGGAAUACCAUAAACUGUUCACCCCUCAGCCCCCUAUCCCACUGAUAUAAUGUGUUCUUCUAAUAACCUUCUAUCGCUCUUUGCUUUUAAAGCUGCAGUCCGUAAUUAUACUGUUCACCCCUCAGCCCCCUAUCCUACUAAUAUAAUGUGUUCUUCUCCCCUGCCCUUAAAGUUGCAGACCGCGAUUGAAACUUUCCACCCCCUUCCACCCAUCCCACUAAUAUAAGAUAAUGUGUUGUUCUAGUAGGAAACCUCUAUCUCCAAUCCCUCUGCAGCUAACCUCUUAUUGCUUCUAGUCAGACUCUGCUGUGACUGAAAUGUCUCUAUCAAUACAUACACACAUACACAUACACACACACACACACAAACACACACAAACACACACACACAGCGUAGGCAGGCAUUUACUAUAGGCUACCUCCACCAUUUUGUGAAAGGCUGGCAAAUUACUUUGAUGGCUUUAUAGCUCAAAAGCCUUUCAAAUGCUUUAGCUAUCCAAUAAAUAUACACAUUUAGUGAAAACACAUUUUAUCACAUUUACUGCAUAUCUUCUUCUGCUCUUGGCUUUUUUAUUACAUUUUACAUUUACAUUUUAGUCAUUUAGCAGACGCUCUUAUCCAGAGCGACUUACAGGA